CCAGCCAGCCGGCCUGCAGGUGGACUACGUCUUCCGGGGCGUGGAGCACGCCGUGCGGGUGGUGGUGUCUGGACAGGUGCUGGAGCUGGAGGUGGAGGACCGCAUGACAGCCGACCAGUGGCGGGGCGAGUUCGAUGCCAGCUGUGAGUGUGCCUGCCUGGGUGGGCUGGCCUGUCCUCCCCCCGGAUCAGCUUCUCCCAGAAGAUGAGGCCAGCCAGGAUCCUGCCACCUGCCUCUUCUACCUGACCAGAAACUAAGUCAUCGAAGAUUUGACUCACAAGACAGGGAACUUCAAACAGUUCAACAUCUUCUGUAACAUGCUGGAGUCGGCCCUCACUCAGAGCAGUGAGUCGGUCACCCUGGACUUGCUGACCUACACGGACCUGGAGUCCCUGAGGAACCGCAAGAUGGGGGGCCGCCCGGGUGCCCUGGCCUCGAGGUCGGCUCAGCUCAACUCCAAACGCUACCUGAUCCUCAUCUACUCCGUGGAGUUUGACAGGAUUCACUACCCGCUGCCCCUCCCGUACCAGGGCAAGCCGGACCCCGUGGUCCUGCAGCGCGUCAUCCGCUCGCUGAAGGAGGAGCUGGGCCGGCUUCGAGGGCUGGAUGGCCAGGACGCUCGGGACACCCGGGAGACGGAGAUCUGGCACCUGCGGGAGCAGGUGUCGCGCUUGGCGUCCGAGAAGCGCGAGCUGGAGGCGCAGCUGGGUCGCUCCCGCGAGGAGGCGCUGGCCGGGCGCGCGGCGCGCCAGGAGGCCGAGAGCCUGCGCGCGCUCGUGCGCGGCCUGGAGCUGGAGCUGCGGCAGGAGCGCGGCCUCGGGCCCCGCGGGGCCGGCCGCCGCGGCCAGGAGUGCCGCCGCCUGGCCAAAGAGCUGGAGGAAGCGAAGGCGUCGGAGCGGAGCCUGCGCACGCGGCUGAAGACGCUCAGCAGCGAGCUGGCGCUGUACCGGAGGGGGAGACGGACUCCGCCGGUGGGGCCGCCCGCGGCCCGGGAGGAUCGGGGCUCGUCGUCCCGGGAGCGCUCCACGUCGCGUGGCCGCGGCGCCGCCCGCUCGUCCUCCCGAGAGAGCGGCCGGGGAGGCCGGGGUCGAGGCCGCCCUGCCCGCCCCUCGCCCUCGCCCACAGGUGGUCGCGUGCCCCGUUUCGACCCCACAGCCUUUGUGAAAGCCAAGGAGAAGAAGCAGAGAGAGAUCAAGAUGAAGCAGCAGCAGCGGAACCGACUGGGCAGCGGAGGAAGCGGGGACGGCCCGUCCAUCUCCUGGUCUCGCCAGACUCGGGCCCCCGCCGCCGUGAGCGGCCGAGGGGACGCGGCCAACCGCUCGCGGAACCGCAGCUCCUCGGUGGACAGUGUGCGCAGCCGCGGCUCGUCCGCCAGCUCCUGCAGCGAGUUGGAGGAUUUCUCGGAAUCGCUGCCUAGAGGCGCUGGCCGCCGCGGGAAGCCGCCCAGCCCCACCACCUGGAGCGGGUCCAGCAGGCAGCAGAAGGCCACGCCCCUGGAACGCGGCCGCCAUCAGAGACGCCUGGCCCAUUCGGGGGGCUGGGUCCCCAUCAAAGACUACAGCUCGGACCACCAGGCGGCCGACAUGGCCGAGAUAGACGCCCGCCUGAAGGCCUUGCAGGAAUACAUGAGCCUGCUGGACACGCGGUCGUGACCGGCGAGGGGAGCCGGCCCCUGCACCCCCAUCCCCCGGGAGUCGGCGUGGGGCGGGGCCUGCG